AAUAGUUAGUAUGACUUACGUCAUACUAAAAAGCAUGAGUCAUUUAGCUUGGGUAAGUCAGGUGGUGCUUACUGGCCCAGUAUGUGAUGUGUGAUGUGUUGCAUAAUGCUCUCUUACACACACACACACACACACACACACACAAACAAAAGCAUGGGAUAUGAUGAUUGCAGAGUUUUCACCUAUAUUUAUUUAUCCCUGGUUGAAUCAUGUGUUCAAGCAUGUGUCCUGGAUUUGUCAGGGGCUCUAUAGAGCUUUCCUGAGAAACACACAAUGCUGAGGCAACCAAAAAUCAGUCAGCCUGAAUGAACAAAGAGUGCAGGCUGCUGUUACAAUGGUGCCAAAACAAAAGCCCUGCUUUCCAGAAGCCCAGGCCACCAUAAAGAGGCAUGUGACAGAAGCUUUUUUGCCGUUUUGCGAAGUUAGAAAGAAGUGGUGUGUUCCGCAUUAAUGCCUCUGGGUGAGUAGUUGGUCUGUAAGAUACCAAUCCAGGAAAGAAAUGCCUCUGACAAGACGCCGAUCAUCCACCCUGGGCCAGGCUGGUGCAGAAAGGCCAGGAAGUGUGAGCCGAGUGAGCACAUGCGGUACCACAGCUCCUCGGGGUACAAUCGUGGGCUCGGCAUCUUCCGACAGCACCAGCUGCCUGGGUGCCCGUGUGUCCCGCAGGGCACUGGGCAUCAGCAGCAUCUUCCUGCAAGGCCUGCGCAGUACCACUGUCCCUGUGCUGCCCAAGUAUGCAGAAAGGGGUCACCUGAUGGGUGCUGAGGGCCUUAACAGCUGUCUGCUAGAGUACCGUGACAAGGUACAUACCCUUGAGCAACUCAAUCAGCAGCUGGAAGAGCAGAUCCAUAACUGCCUGGAUCGCAAGGCCUCCAGCGCCAAGAUGUGGGGCGCACUCAGGCAGGAAUGGGAGGACAUCUACAGACAGGUGAGUGAGGCCAUCCUGGACAAUGCUCGACUUGUGCUUCAGACAGAGAAUCUCCAGGCCAAUGCUGAAGAUCUUAAAGAGAGGUUUGAACAUGAGCAGCCUUUCCGUAAAGCCGUAGAGGAAGAGAUCAGCUCCCUCUAUAAGGUGAUUGAUAAUGCCAACUUUACCAGGACGGACAUGGAGACCCAGAUGGAGAGAAUGCAUGCUGAGCUUCUAGACUUAGCCAAAACUCAUGAAGAGGAUGUGAGACAGCUCUAUAACCAGUUGUCUAGCCAUGAGGUUGAUGAAAGUGAUCUACCUACUGAGACCAGUCUAGAACAGAUAUUGACUUUUAUCCAUUCCCACUGGGAAAAGGUCCUUGAGAAGACCCGGGCAGAGACUGAUGCAUUCCUAGAGUGCAAGAAGGUGGACAGUGGGGACAGAAAACUGAGUGAGGAGGAAAAAGUCCUGGAGAACCUGAAGACAGAAUGUAAUGAUACAAAUGCGAAGAUCCAGAGCCUGCAUGCUGAAACAGAGUCUAUGAGAGCGCUGAAACGAGGCCUGGAGAACUCCCUGAAUGACGCAAAGCACUGGCAUGACAUUGAGCUUCAGAACUUGGGCUCGGUCAUUGGGAAGCUGGAGGCCGAGCUCGCUGAUGUGCGUGGAGACAUCGAGCAGCAACAGCGUGACUAUGAGACACUGCUCAACAACAAGAAGAGGCUAGAAAUGGAGAUUGGAAUGUACCAUGGGAUCCUGGAGGGAGAGGAGAAUAGAUUUCACCCAUCAAUGUCCGUGUAUGUUAGUGCAGAAGCUGAAGGACAAACCCAAACUUUUCCUGAACAGGAAAGCUCUACUGAUGGUACUGCAGCUUUUACUGGGUCAUAAGGUUUUGGUGUCUAAAAACAAUUGCAGUAAACUAACUUGUUGAUCUAAGCUACUAAGCAGUGGAAGUAUUUUGACAGAAUUGAUGUCUUUAUUUCACAAACAGAUCUAAUAAACACACAGUGUACAUUUGUGUGCAAGUUUGUAAAACAC